AUGUCCCAACAUCGUCUUCUCAUUCUCCUCUCGCUGCUUCUCUUCACCAUUCUUCUAGUUAAUCCCAUUUCCGCCUCUCCAACUAUCCAGAAAUUCAAAGAAGCACCUCAGUUUUACAAUUCCGCUGAUUGCCCCAUAAUCGAUGAUGAUCAUGACGAUGACGUGUCCGCCAAGCCAAUCUUCUGCUCCCGCCGAGCUGUUCACGUGGCGAUGACACUCGACGCCGCCUACAUUCGCGGCUCAGUCGCCGCCGUUCUCUCCGUCCUCCAGCACUCCUCUUGCCCGGAAAACAUCGUUUUCCACUUCGUCGCAUCCGCUUCCGCCGACGCUUCGUCCCUACGCUCCACCAUCUCCGCCUCGUUCCCGUACCUCGAAUUCAACGUCUACGUUUUCAACGUAUCCUCUGUUUCCCGCCUAAUCUCCUCCUCGAUCCGCUCCGCCUUGGACUGCCCGUUAAACUACGCCCGGAGCUACCUCGCCGACCUCCUCCCGCCGUGCGUCCGCCGCGUCGUGUACCUAGACUCCGAUCUAAUCCUCGUCGACGACAUCGCCAAACUCGCCGCCACGGAUCUCGGACGCGACUCCGUCCUCGCCGCGCCGGAGUACUGCAACGCCAAUUUCACUUCCUACUUCACCUCGGCCUUCUGGUCGAAUCCGACUCUCUCCUUAACCUUCGCCGAUCGAAAGGCCUGCUACUUCAACACCGGAGUCAUGGUGAUCGACCUCUCGCGGUGGCGCGAAGGCGCGUACACGGCACGCAUCGAGGAGUGGAUGGCGAUGCAGAAGCGAAUGAGGAUCUACGAGCUCGGUUCGUUACCGCCGUUUCUGCUGGUUUUCGCCGGUUUGAUUAAACCGGUUAAUCAUCGGUGGAACCAGCACGGUUUAGGUGGGGAUAAUUUCCGGGGGCUGUGCCGAGAUCUGCAUCCCGGUCCGGUGAGUCUGUUGCAUUGGAGCGGGAAAGGUAAGCCAUGGGCUAGGCUCGACGCUGGUCGGCCUUGUCCGUUAGACGCGCUUUGGUCUCCGUACGAUCUUCUUCAAACGCCAUUCGCUUUGGAUUCUUGA